CGGCUUAACAACAGGGGGGAAUUAAGGGGAGCGGAGCUAAAGCGGCUGCCUGUUAGUUCCACGCCAAAGCUACGGUUUCAGCAUGACACGGGCAGGUGACUUGUGCCUGAGUUCUGCGGGAGCGCGGGUUACACUGGCUACCAGCAGCGAUGACAGACACCCAGCAAACAACAUAAUAGACGGGAACACCGACACAUUCUGGACAACUACUGGAAUGUAUCCUCAAGAAUUCAUCAUCAGUUUGAAUGGCAUUCAGAAAAUAAACAAGAUAAUCCUCCAGAGCUCAUUAGUACGAUCUGUAAGGAUUGAAUCAAGCACAUCCAAAGAACCUGUCAACUUUGAGCUCCGUCUAGAAAGAGAUCUUGAAAAUACUGAAGAGCAUCUACAGUUUGAGGAGUUUACUCUCCCGGGCAUUCAAGUUGCACAUAUUCGUUUUGUGAUCUUGUCUGGAUUUGAUCAUUUUGCAUCUGUGCACAGAGUUUCAGCAGAAGGAGAUAAAUAAACAGAAUGCAGAGAUCAUAUGAAAAAUGCCAGCAACUUCAUUCACCUUAAUAAGCGCAUUAUUGCAGUCCGGUGUUUUCAUUUCUCAUACCAGUGACAGAGAAAAUAUAUGCUGUAUAUAAAGGCUGGUUAUAAUAUAAAAUACUAGACUGGAAUAGUUCCCAGAACGUUUUCAUAAAAUUUUGUAAAUAUUAUUAAAUAUUUUCGUAAUUUUUUUCCCCACAAA